ACUACCACACGCCCCUCCUCUCUUUUGUCUGUCUCCUCCUACAUCUUAUAUAUGUAUAUUCAACGCCAAAGGGAAAAAAAGAAAAAGAAAAAAGAGCUUGCUGCCUGCUGCUUUCCUUCACGUAUAUACGUAUUGUAUUCGUAUAUACACACAUAUAGAUACACACAAGAACUGAAAAACACACAUAUAAAUACCACUCCAACACCCCCUUCCUACACAAUUAGCUCUACUCUUCUCCAGAAGAGCUGCUGAUCGUCAUACUUGUGCUUCUCAACUAUUGAGCAUUCAGAAGACUGCAUACAUAUAUAUAUAUAUAUAGAUAUAUCCUAAGCUGCCCUGUUCUUGAGGUGAUCAUCCAUGGCUGAGCAGCCUGCCUCAGAGCCCGAGUCGAGUACGACGACGGGUUCAGGCCCGAAGAACCUGCUUAAGAGGGCCCGGGAUAGUGAUGAUCCUGAGGUGGGUGAAGGUGGUAAGAAGAGAAGUAGAGGCAGAAACAGCAGUAGUAAUGACAGCAAGCAUCCGGUUUACAGAGGAGUGAGAAUGCGGGCGUGGGGGAAAUGGGUUACGGAGAUCCGAGAGCCCAGGAAGAAGUCCCGGAUCUGGCUGGGGACGUUUGCGACGCCGGAAAUGGCGGCCCGAGCACAUGACGUCGCCGCCCUGGCCAUCAAGGGGAGUUCCGCCAUCCUCAACUUCCCGGAGAUAUCCGACCUAUUGCCACGCCCCGUCACGUGCUCCCCACGUGACGUCCAGGCUGCCGCCACGAAGGCCGCCCACAUGGACCACCUCAACCCCCGCCCGAGUUCGCCGUCGAUGACGUCAUCGUCGUCGUCAUCAUUGGUGUCGGCAGCGACGACAACGGCGCCGGAGGAGCUGGGUGAGAUAGUGGAGCUGCCGGAGCUGGGUUCGAGUUACGAGUGGGUCGACCCGACCCGGGAGGAGUUGCUGUUCGGACAGGACGUGGGAUGGGAGUGGUACAAUCACCCGUGGUUGGAAGGUUACAGCCUUUUCUUGGAAGAAAAUGUAGUGCUUGAAGUUGAAGAUGUGAUGUCUUCCAAUUUUGAAGGCCUAUUAUCGAAACAUCAUUGCUGAGAAAAAGUUGAUCUUCAUGGUGUGUUCAUUUCCAAGCUUCCUCUCCUCUCUCUCUCUCUCUCUCUCUCUCUCUCUCUCUCUUCUUUUCUUUUUUUUUUUCUUUUAUAAUUUUCUUGGGAUGAGUUUUGACCAUU